AUGCACUCGCUGCGCUGUCUCGUCCUGACGCUUGCCGUCUUCCUAGCAGGACCAGCAUGCCAUCUUUUCGCCUUCGCACAAGCCGACGACGUUAAUGCCGAAGACAUCAACAUCACUGCCCCCGUCCCUUCCGACCUGGAGCCCCAGGACCCGCCAUCCUGGAAUGUCCUAGACAUACACGCCAAAAGCCUGGAGGUUAAAGUGAAACAGAACCCGACCAAAGAACUGACCUGCCCGAAGACGGACAACGGCCGGAACCGCCAAUACGCAGCACACAAGUAUACGGUGAACCAGAUCCAGGCGGCUUUCCGAGCCGGUAUCAAUCUCCAAAGCAAAGGCAAACAGACAGGAGAUAAUCAUUACCCGCAUAACUUUCGCAAUGGAGACAGGCUAGCGCUCGGUGCCUGUGGGAAUACAAGGACGAAGUCAGAGUUCCCAAUCCAGAUAGACGGAAAGACGUACAGCGGAGGAAAGGUUGAUGCUGUGCCUGACCGGGUUAUCUACGAGUAUAAGGAAAGCAAGAAGACGCUUGAGGUGUGGUUUUGCGGUAUCGUGCGGCAUGGCACAGGGAACAACUUUCUCAACUGCCCUUGA